AUGACCAGAAAGGCAGUAAAAGGAAGCGUGAAAGCUGAUCUCCUAACAGAAAACCCAAUCAAAGAUUAUGAAGCCCUGGAUUUCAAAUUCCCAGAUGAGUAUGUUAAUGCAGUAAGCAGUGAUGAUAAGGAACCAAAUGACGUAUGGAAAAUGUAUUUUGAAGAAGCAGUCAAUUUGUCUGGUAAUGGGAUUGGGGCAGUUCUGGUAUCCCCUGACAAAAAGCAUUUCCCUAUAGCCGUCAAGCUGAGGUUCGAUUGCACCAAUAAUGUAGCAGAAUAUGAAGCCUGUGUGAGUGGCUUACAAGCCACCAUCGAAAUGAAGGUUAAGAAAUUAGAGGUGUAUGGGGAUUCAGCUCUAAUCAUUUAUCAAGUCAAAGGAGAAUGGCAGACUAAGGAUCCAAAAUUGAUCCCAUAUCAGAAAUAUCUUCUCAAGCUAACUGAGGAGUUUGAAGAAAUAUCUUUCACUCACCUCAAUCGUGACAAGAACCAAUUCGCCGAUGCCUUAGCCACUCUAACUGUAAUGACUCAGAUAGAAGAGGGACAGAUAACGCAGAUCUACAUCAAAACUACGGAAUACCCUCCUGAAGCAAGCAAAAAUGAAAGAAGAAUGAUCAGGAGGUUGGCACUAGGAUACUUCCCCAGUGGCGAAAUCUUGUACAAGAAAAGUUCCAAUGGUGAAUUGUUAAGAUGUGUGGAUGCAAAAGAAGCAAGGAGGAUUCUUUUUGAAACCCAUGAAGGGAAUUGCGCUACUCAUGCCAAUGGACAUAUGAUGGCCAAGCAAAUUUUGAAACAGAGUUAUUUCUGGACCUCUUUGGAAAAAGGCUGCAUUGAGUACUUCCGGAAGUAUCACAAAUGCCAAAUUUAUGCUGAUCCGAUAAAUGUCUCACCUCAUCAGCUUUGUAAUCUUGUCUCACCAUGGCCUUUUGCAAUGUGGGGCAUCAAUGUAAUCGGUCCAAUUAAUCCAAAAGCAUCCAAUGGACACAGGUUCGUUUUGGUGGCCAUUGAUUACUUUACCAAAUGGGUCGAAGCAACGUCAUAUGUUCAUAUCACGCAAAACAUGUUUCUGAAGUUUCUCAAGUAUAAUAUUAUCUGUCGAUGCGGUUUUCUUAGUGAGAUUAUCACUGACAAUGCUAAAAAUUAA